AUGCUAAGUGAAAAGAAUGGUGAAAAGAAUAAAAUAUUCCGAAAAAUUCAGCUUUGCUAUCCAAGUGUGGAUUAUAAGUAUAAAAAACAUGAACCCGACAAAGUAGAAGUAAUUUCGGUAACAUCCAUAUUCUUUGUGGUUACAUCAAUAAUUUGUUUCUGCCUAAAGACACAUCCGAAUUUGCGUAUUCCGGAUAUCGAUAUCGAACUCAGGAAUGGUUCUACUUAUGCACUGCUUGUCACCAAAGUCGCUACAAGACCGCACCCCGCUUUCUUUUACAUUGAAUUUAUCAGCAAUAUAUGGUUCACAAUAGAAUUAUUCAUUCGGUCUCUCUUCUGCCCGAAAAUAUCAAAAUUUGCCCGACAGCCUGUCAAUAUCAUCGACUUGAUAGCGACCUUGUCGUUUUACGUCGACUGGGCGCUGGAUCGAACAGUAAGUGGUGCCAACCGCGAUACGGUCGAAUUCGUCUCCAUUAUUCGAAUUUUGCGACUUUUCAAGUUGACGCAACAUUCCUCGGGGCUCAAAAUUCUGAUUCAAACUUUUAAGGCGUCUGCUCAAGAAUUAUUGCUGUUGGUGUUUUUUGUGCUACUUGGUAUAGUAAUAUUCGCCGCAUUGGUUUAUUAUGCGGAGCGCGUGGAAACAAAUCCCGGCAAUCAAUUUCAUUCCAUUCCGGUACCAAAAACCUAUUUGGGUAUGCUGGUCGGUUCAAUUUGUGCAUUAAUGGGAGUUCUAACAAUUGCACUUCCAGUGCCAGUCAUUGUCUCCAAUUUUGCAAUGUUUUAUUCACAUGCUCAAGCCCGAUCGAAAUUGCCGAAAAAACGACGCCGUAUUCUACAGCCACAUGAAAUUAGACCAAUGGUUGGAAGGUUAACAAGCAUAACACUUUUCAAUACUUUGGGGCAUAAAAAUGUAUCACCUGUCUAUUCGUCACGUGUACUCGAGGCUUUGACCGUUGUAACUCCACUGAUGAUGCGACCACCUGCGACAAGUUUCCCCGCUAACAUGCAAUCAAACGAAAGUAACAGGGUUCAUCACAGUAUGAACAACAAAAGCAAUAUUUCGAAUGGUAAUAAAAACGAUUAA